AUGGCUGGGGAGGCGGAACUAAACGUGGAUGAGAUUAUUAAUUCUUUACUUGAAGUUCGAGGUUCUCGAGUGGGAACCACCGUUAAUCUAAAGGAAGAUGAUAUCAAGGCACUAUGCGCAAAGUCCAGGGAGAUAUUCUUAUCUCAACCAAUACUUUUGGAAUUAGAGGCACCACUUAAAAUUUGCGGUGACAUACACGGACAAUACACUGACUUGAUGCGGCUUUUUGAGUACGGUGGAUUUCCUCCAGAAGCAAAUUAUCUAUUCCUGGGUGAUUACGUGGACAGAGGAAAGCAGAGUUUGGAGACGAUUUGUCUUCUUCUUGCCUACAAGAUUAAGUAUCCUGAAAACUUUUUCCUUCUUCGUGGUAAUCACGAGUGUGCUUCUAUUAACAGAAUCUAUGGUUUUUACGAUGAAUGUAAACGAAGAUAUAAUAUUAAACUCUGGAAGACUUUUACAGAUUGUUUUAAUUGUUUGCCUGUUGCUGCCAUCGUUGAUGAAAAAAUUUUCUGUUGUCAUGGUGGUUUAUCACCAGAUCUUCAGACAAUGGAACAGAUUCGUCGAGUUCUUCGACCAACUGAUGUUCCAGACACUGGUCUUCUCUGUGAUAUUCUUUGGGCCGACCCUGACAAAGAGACUCGCGGUUGGGGUGAGAACGAUAGAGGUGUCAGUUUUGUUUUUGGCGUGGAUGUGGUGGAGAAAUUCCUGCACCGUCACGACCUUGACCUAAUUUGUCGAGCCCAUCAAGUGGUGGAGGACGGAUAUGAGUUCUUUGCUCAGCGUCGUCUUGUCACUCUCUUCUCAGCUCCGAACUACUGCGGCGAGUUUGACAAUGCUGGUGGUAUGAUGUCUGUCGAUGAGACGCUCAUGUGCUCCUUCCAGAUUCUCAAACCCUCUGAAAAGAAAUCCAAGUACCAGUACCUUGGUGUGAAUUCUGGUCGUCAGAGUGGUUUUGCUCGUUCUACGAUGUAG